AUGGCAGCAGGUGUGAUCAAGAACAUGUCAGAUUUUAGACUAGUGCCUACUUUUCAGCUUCCUUUUCUAAAUCUCAGUGCUCAAGACAUGGAUUUUCAGGAGACAUCCGAAGAAGAGGAAGACAUAGAAGAUGAGAGCGGCGAGAGGGACAUCAAUAAAUGCCCCGAAAGUGAGCACUGGGACCCCAGGUCCCAGCCGUUCACCACCGUGACAAGUAGCACAGAGAUGACAUUGCAGCUCCUGAAUUUCACCGAGUUAAUCAAUAGCGACAUUCAGAAGUACUUUGGCAGAAAAGCCAAGGAAGAUGAUCCUGACGCCUGCAAUAUUUACGAAGACAGAUUUUCUGCUGGGAAAUCAGGCAGGGAGCUGUACUACGCAGAUUUAAUAAGAAUUGCACAGAACGGAGAUCUGGAAGAGGACGACUCCCACGUGCCCUUAACACCUCCCAGAGAAAUAGAUACACAGACGUUGAAAUUGCUCUGCGAUAGAGAAAGCAUUCAGAAACUGGGACCCCUUGGAGAACUGUUUGAAUACGGUUUACGCAAAUACAUGAAACAGGCGAUUUUGAGCAGGAGGAGGGAUGGCAAAAGACAAAAGCUCGAUCGGAAAUACGCCAACAUAAUCCCGAUGCACAAGCGCAGGCUUCCAUCAUCCUUUUGGAGAGAGCCCAUCUCUCCCACCACGUCUGUCUGCAUCCUCCACACCAGCACCCCUGACUUCAGUGACCUUUUGGCAAAUUGGACUUCAGAAUCAAAUGGACAAGACCUCCAAGUUACCAGAGAGAUCGCAAGUGAAAUGAACGGACAGUCACUGGAGUUGGAAUCUUAUCAGGUGAUAUAA